CUCGCCAUCUUGUCUGCUCGGGUCCUCAAGCCCGGUGCCCCGGUUCGUCGCGCAUGUAUGACUCUGUCCUGCACCCAGACCGAAGCUGAAGUUUUAAUUCUUCAGGUUUUUGGGUAACACACCACACCACUUCAGAAGUUCAGAGUUCAACCCUCCUCUCUGCUUAUAUAUACGUGCUGCUCCAUCUCUCUCUGCCCCCAAAGCUCGCCAUUUUGAAGCAGCGCUUUGGUAGGCCUGCCUGCUCAGCUCUCCUGCUUGUCUCUCUCUACCCACGCAAAGCUACCACCAGCUGCGCAUCGCCAGUAGUAGAUCCCGGCCAAUAUCUGACGAGAGGGAAACGCCGGUGGGCUUUUGGAAAGGGUGUCCCUGCUCUCUGCAGCCUUGCUGGUGUUUGUGUAGCUGCAUCAGAAGCUUCAGUGGGCAGAGAGGAAGGAAGGGGAGGAGAGAGAUGGGGAGGAAGCUGGGCCUCGACAGGGUCCUGGACUGCUUCUCGCUUUCGCUGUGCGCCAAUGGCUGCGCCUGCGUGCACUCGGUGGAGAAGGACGAGGACGAGGCCGACGAGCGCAAGGCCCUGGUGAGCAGCCAGCUGGAGGAGCUGGUCAAGCUCAGGGACUUCGUCGACGGAGCGGCCAAGACCCUUGCUUUCCAUCUAGAGCCCAAGACAGUGGAGCUCAAGGUGUCCAUGCACUGCUACGGAUGCGCCAAGAAAGUCCAGAAGCACAUCUCCAAGAUGGACGGCGUGACGUCGUUCGAGGUGGAUUUGGAGAGGAAGAAGGUGGUGGUGAUCGGGGAUGUCACGCCGUACGAGGUGCUGGAGAGCGUCUCCAAGGUGAUGAAGUUCGCGGAGCUGUGGGUGGCGCCCAACCCCAAGCCGCAGGCCGCGGAGGAGAGGCAGUAGACGUUGCUAGGUGCUUUGGUCGGCGUCGAUCUCUCAUGCGUCCACGGUCUCGGCCUCGUCUCCAGUUCUCCACCUACCAUGCGUAGCAAGCAGAAAGAACACGACCGCUAUGACAGACCCGUCGAGUUGAAACGCUUAAUUAAACGUAACUGCUAUCAUUUGAACUUAUCAGAUGUAUUAGUUUAAUUAAGUAUAAUUUGACAGGCUGUUUCCAACCC